CAAAGCACCAUGGCGGGGACUUCAUGAUCAGGAGAUGAAGACUGUUUUUUCAACAAAAGUAGCUCUGUUUCACCAGGAAUAGGAAUAAACACUUUUAGGAACUUUGUCCAAAAAGAUGGCUUCCUUAGCAGGAUUUCAGUACACUCCGGAGAACAUGCAAAGGCUGGAAAAGGCAUUGCAAACUAUGCAAGAUAGAGGAAUGGAGUCAGAUCCACGCUAUGCGCAGUUGAUGUCAUUGCUUAGAGCAAAACCUACAUCUGUUGACAUGUCAGAUGCUGGCCAUGGCCUUCAACUUCCUCCUCCUUCGAUGCCGAUGGGUAUAGGAAAUAUACCACCAGGGACUGGAAUGGGAGGAGACAUGCAAACAAGAAGUUCUCCAGCUCCAAAUUUAAUGUCUCAAGCCUCGCAGAAAGCUCAUGGUUUCUCUUCUCCACAGUUGUUACAGCUCAGAGCACAGAUCAUGGCUUACAAACUCUUAGCUCGUAAUCAGCCUCUUCCUGAACACAUACGUAUUGCCAUUCAAGGCAAAUCACCGUCUGUUAAACCAGCAGGGUCAAGUAUGCCCAGUAGUACAGUUCCACCUCAGUCAAGUCAGUUACCUUCUAGGACUCAGAAUCAACCUGGAAAUCAGUCAGCACCUCAAAGUCAGGCAAAUAUUAGUGCUGGAAGCUCUACAACAUCUCCUGCUGGUCCUGUGCCUAAUCAGACAGCUUAUAAUGUCCCUGGAAUGACAGCUGCUCAACAGCUACAGAGCAAACAAGCGGUAGGAACCAGCCAAUCAACAACACCUGCAUCAUGGGAGGCAGCCAAAGGUGCGGCUGCCAGUGCUAUUGCAGCAGCAACUCAGCAGCAUAAGCUCAAAGAGCAGCAACGGCAAGCACUUGCACAGCAACAGCAACAGCAGCAGCAACAACAACAGCAGCAGCAGCAGCGCAAGGCACAGACUCCAGGAACAUCUCAAGGAGGGAUACAGAUGCCUAGUAAGCCUCGCUUGGCACCAGUGGCUAAACCUGUUGGACUUGAUCCUGUUACUAUUCUGAAAGAAAGAGAAAACAGAAUACAGGCCCGUAUUGUACAGCGCAUCAGGGAUCUGGAAGGUCUACCAGGGAGUAUUCCUGAUGAUCUGAGAAUGAAAGCAAUGAUUGAAUUGAGAGCACUCAGGCUGCUUAACUUCCAGAAACAGUUAAGAGCAGAAGUUGUGGCCUGCACAAGGAGAGACACUACACUGGAGACAGCUCUUAAUUCAAAGGCAUACAAACGAAGUAAAAAACAAUCCCUACGUGAGGCAAGGAUUACAGAGAAACUUGAAAAGCAGCAGAAGAUGGAACAAGAACGCAAACGUAGACAAAAGCAUCAGGAGUACCUGAACACAAUAUUGCAGCAUGCCCGUGACUUCAGAGAAUAUCAUCGUUCCAUCCAGUCCAAGGUGGUGAAGCUUAACAGAGCUGUAAUGAGCUAUCACUCCAUUACAGACAGAGAGAAGAAGAAGGAAGAGGAGAGGAUUGAGAAAGAGAGAAUGAGGAGACUUAUGGCAGAAGAUGAAGAAGGCUACAGAAAACUGAUUGACCAAAAGAAAGAUAAGCGUUUAGCUUAUCUCCUGGGACAGACUGAUGAGUAUGUAGCCAGUCUUACAAAGAUGGUACAACAACACAAGAGAGAACAGAGAAAGAAACAGUUAAAAGAAAACAGGAAAAGGAGAAAGUCUGACUAUGAUGAUGAUGAGACACCAGAGGGUAACAGGCAUGUGCCUGUUGUUGAUACAGAGACUGGUUUGGUGCUUAAAGGAGAAGAUGCCCCCAUAGCUGACAAUCUGGACUCGUGGCUGGAAAGUCAUCCAGGAUAUCAAGUGGCUCCUCGUCAGGAACAGGAAUCUGAUGAUGAAGAAGAAGAAGAGGGAUCAGUUGAGGAUGCUGAAGGUGAUGACGAGGUUGAAAAAGAAGCAGAUGAGAAGAAAACCGAGAAAGAAAAGAAGAGAGAAGAAUAUGGCAAAGAUGAAGAAGAUGUUGAGGAAGAAGCUGAUGAUCCAACUGUUCUGGAAAGCCGUCAGUAUUAUCAAAUUGCACAUAGCUUUCAGGAGGAUAUCACUGAGCAGCCAACUAUUCUUAUUGGUGGAAAACUCAAAGAAUAUCAGAUGCGAGGUCUUGAAUGGCUGGUCUCAUUGCACAACAAUGCUUUGAAUGGUAUCCUUGCAGAUGAGAUGGGUCUUGGAAAGACUAUUCAGACAAUUGCCUUGUUUGCCUACCUUAUUGAAGUCAAAAAGCUCAAUGGACCAUUCCUUGUUAUUGUUCCUCUCUCGACACUCUCAAACUGGUUGUUGGAAUUUGAGAAAUGGACACCUUCAAUUAUUGUCGUAAGCUACAAGGGUUCACCCAACAUGCGUCGUUCAGCUGCAUCUCAAAUCAGGGGAGGAAAGUUCAAUGUUGUACUUACUACUUAUGAGUAUGUGAUGAAAGACAAGUCAGUCCUCUCAAAGGUGCGCUGGCGAUAUAUGGUGGUGGAUGAGGGCCACAGAAUGAAGAAUCAUCACUGUAAAUUGACUCAGAUAUUAAACACACAUUAUGCUGCACCUCACAGAGUGCUGUUAACUGGGACUCCCUUACAGAAUCGUCUGCCAGAGCUGUGGGCACUAUUGAACUUCUUGCUUCCAACAAUCUUCAAGUCUUGCAGCACUUUUGAACAAUGGUUCAAUGCACCUUUUGCAAUGACUGGUGAAAAGGUUGAACUUAAUGGUGAAGAAACCCUUUUGAUUAUUCGCCGUUUGCAUAAGGUUUUGAGGCCAUUCUUGUUGCGUCGUCUCAAGAAGGAAGUAGAAUCACAGCUACCAGAAAAGGUGGAAUAUGUUGUCAAAUGUGACAUGUCAUCACUUCAGCGUAUUCUUUAUAACCAUAUGCACAAGGCAGGAGUACUGUUAACAGAUGGAUCAGAGAAGGACAAAAAGGGCAGAGGAGGAACCAAGACUCUGAUGAACACUAUCAUGCAGCUAAGAAAGAUUUGUAAUCACCCUUUCCUCUUUCAACAUAUUGAGGAAUCCAUGGCAGAACAUCUUGGCUUUCCAAGUGGAAUUGUUCAAGGCCCUGAUGUUGUAAGAGUGUCUGGCAAGUUUGAUCUUCUGGACAGAAUUUUGCCAAAGCUCAAAAGGAAAAACCACAGGGUGUUGUUGUUUUCACAAAUGACCCAGCUGAUGACAAUUCUCGAGGAUUAUUUCAAUUGGAAAGGAUUCCCUUACCUCCGCUUGGACGGUACAACUAAAAGUGAGGACAGAGGUCAGCUGCUGUCCCUGUUUAAUGCCAAGGACUCACCUUACUUCAUUUUCUUGCUGAGUACACGGGCAGGAGGACUGGGGCUGAACUUGCAAGCUGCUGACACAGUGGUGAUUUUUGACAGUGACUGGAACCCACACCAGGAUCUCCAAGCUCAGGAUCGUGCUCAUCGUAUUGGCCAGAAGAACGAAGUUCGUGUUCUGAGGCUCAUGACAGUGAACAGUGUUGAAGAGAAGAUCCUGGCUGCCGCAAGAUAUAAGCUUAAUGUUGAUGAAAAGGUUAUUCAAGCUGGCAUGUUUAAUCAGAACUCCACAUCAAGUGAACGAAGAGCUUUUCUGAUGGCCAUUCUCGACACAGAGAAUGACGAGGAUGAGACUUCAUUGGUAGGCAACCAAAUCAGCGGGCUGCAAAGACAAACAGAAGAGGAAAGUGAGGUGCCUGAUGAUGAAACCAUCAAUCAAAUGAUUGCUAGGACAGAAGAAGAGUUUGAGUUGUAUCAGCGUAUGGACAUGGAAAGGCGAAGACAGGAAGUCAGAGAAGCAGGUUCACUUCGUCGUCGCCCUCGACUGAUGCAAACGAAUGAGCUGCCUCGCUGGAUUGUCAAAGAUGACGCUGAGGUGGAACGCUUGACUUGGGAGGAAGAAAGCGAGAAGAUUUUUGGACGUGGGUCACGUGUCCGAAAAGAUGUCGUUUACUGUGAGCAUCUGACAGAAAGACAAUGGCUGAAGGCCAUAGAAGACGGAAGGCUGGAUGAGGUGGAAGAAAAACAAAAAGUGAAGAAGUUAUCCAAGAAACGAAAACAUGAUCCUGGGGAAGAAGGAGACGUGCCGAAGAUAAAGAAGAAACGAGGACGCCCACCAGCUGUUAAACUUGCACCCAAUCCCCCGGAGCUAACAAAACAGAUGAAGAAACUGAUGAAGUACAUUGUGAGAUAUGUGGAUGAUUCCACUUCUCGCAACCUGGCUGAAAUAUUCAUGGUUCUACCAACGCGCAAAGAACUCCCAGACUACUAUCAGAUAAUUAAGCAGCCUGUGGACAUCAGAAAGAUUCGGGAGAGAAUCAACUCGCACAAGUAUCGCACCUUAGAUGACCUGGAAGAAGAUUUCUCUCUCAUGUGCAAGAAUGCUCAGACGUAUAACAUAGAGGGCUCUAUUAUCUAUGAAGAUUCCAUAAAGCUGCAGUCUAUUUUCACGCAUGCUCGACAAAAGAUACAGGGUGGUGAGGACUUACAGCUGGCGCAUUCAUCUGCUGCGGAACCGGAAGUGGAAAGUGAGAAAGAAGCAAGUGAAGUAGAGGAAGAUGACGAUGUUAAUGAUUCGGAUGGUGAAGAGGCAGAGUCUGUUGGUUCAGACAUUGAAGGUGGAAACAGUCAAUCAUCUUUGAAGAUGCGCAUUAAACUUGGCAAGCAGUCUGUGGAAAAAGCCAAGGUUGAUCUUGGUGGCGUUAAGAAAAAGCGCCGAGGUCGUCCACCCCGAAUUAAUCCACCUUCAAUUCGACAGGAACCGAGUGACAACGAAAUUGAGUCGUACCCACCUUCGGAGAGAGGCUAUAGCAGUGAAGGAGAGGGUUCUGAUCGCGAAGACUACCCUGGCUCGUCACAAGAGAUGGCUGCUUCUCCUUCACAGAAGAAACGUUCAUAAAGACAAACUAUCCUGACUAAUGUCUCUGAUUAUUAAUUUCUUUAUUUUGGCUCGAAGUGGAUUCUAACGUAUGGAGUUAUUGUAGGGAGAACUCUACUUAUAGAAUGCUUUGUAGUGGUAGACAGUUUUAGCCGUAAAGAAACUAAAGGGAAUUCAGCCACAAGAUCACCAAAAGACCCUAUAUCUAACAUUCCCUUGUCUGGUGGACUUGAGUUCUGUUUGACUAAUAUUAAAUGAACUUGUAUUUAGCUCUUGUAAAAGACAGAGGUUAAUUGAGGAAACAAACACUGGUUUUGUUUGGUGUCAUGAGGACAUCCUUGCGAAGUGUUUUAUUAACAUAUCCAACUUCCAUCGAAGUGUUAAGCAAAUGAGGGUUUACCUGUUGCUAAACGCUUGUAGCACCAAUCCUUUUGCAAGUAUUUGUCAGAGAAUAUCCAAUGUUUUUCAUUUAUUUUUUUCGUUUGUUGCUUAUAAUCCUCUGUGAUUAGUUACCUUAUGGGCACAAAUCUCUCCUUUUUAAGUGUAGUUUAUUUUGUGUGUUUGUGUCGCAUCACCGACAUGGGCUAUCGAAGGUUAAGUCCAUCAUUGUCAGGGUCAUGUUUUGUUGUAUUUCCUAUCACAACUCUCGUGUUCCUUAGUUUUUAUAGUUUUUUCCUCGGAUGUAGUUAUGUAGUGUUAUUGUAAAUAUUUAAUUCAUUGACGAAACGUUUGGGGCGCCUUGAAAGCUUAUUGUAAACACGUCCCUUGGUUCAACUAUUCCUCUCUAGUACACCGAUUUUGUCUAUAUGUCAUGGUUUGUAAUGAAGAACCGGAAAUUAUAAUGACAGGGGUCUACUAAAUUAAAUAAAUGUUAAGAUAACUUC